UACUCCGUACACCGUAACAAGGGAAUAGCAUAUCUUAUAGAGCGUUAUAAAAGUAUGAGUCUAGGGUUUACUUCACUACCCCAACAUUUUUGUUGAAACCUCGUCUCUGCUUUUCGGCCCCUCUCGUCACCAAACUUCAAACCCUAGGUACCGACUAGUCGGAAGAGAGCGAAAAUGAGCGACAAAACAACAGGAAGAAAGGAGGAGGUGGUGACUAGGGAGUACACCAUCAACCUUCACAAGCGCUUGCAUAGCUGCACAUUCAAGAAAAAGGCUCCUAAUGCAAUAAAGGAGAUAAGGAAAUUUGCACAGAAAGCCAUGGGGACCAAGGAUGUGAGAGUGGACGUGAAGCUAAACAAGUACGUUUGGAGCAGGGGGAUCCGAAGUGUCCCAAGACGGGUCAGAGUUCGCAUUGCUCGCAAGAGGAAUGAUGAUGAAGACGCCAAGGAAGAGCUCUACUCCCUUGUUACUGUUGCUGAAAUCCCACCAGAAGGGCUGAAAGGGCUCGGCACCAAGAUCAUCGAGGAAGACGAUUGAAUGAUAUAUUAUAGUUUUGGAAGCGUUGAGUAUUUUAUAAGACUGAUUUAUUUUCCAAUAUUUUGUCAUUUGUUGCUUUGAACAUGGUACUUUUUGUUAACUUUGUUUUGGUUCCAUUAAUACAAUUAUCCCAGUGCUUCAGACU